AUGGAGAGUAACCUGUCUGGCCUGGUGCCUGCCGCCGUGACCCUGGGGCUGACUGCGGCCUACACCACCCUGUACGCCCUACUCUUCUUUUCUGUCUAUGCCCAACUCUGGCUGGUGCUUCUAUAUGGGCACAAGCAUCUCAGCUAUCAGACGGUGUUCCUGGCACUCUGUUUGCUCUGGGCUGCCUUGCGCACCACCGUCUUCUCUUUCUACUUCCGAGAUACCCCCCCCCCCCCCCCCCCCCGAGCCAACCACCUGGGACCCCUGCCCUUUUGGCUUCGCUACUGCUGCCCUGUCUGCCUACAGUUCUUCACGCUGACACUUAUGAACCUCUACUUCGCCCAGGUUGUGUUCAAGGCCAAGGCCAAGCGCCGGCCGGAGAUGAGCCGAGGCUUGCUGGCCGUCCGGGGGGCCUUCGCGGGGGCCUCGCUGCUCUUUCUGCUGGCGAAUGUGCUGUGCUGUGCUGUGCUGUCCCGCCGGCGCCGGGCACAGCCCUGGGCCCUCCUGCUGGUGCGAGUCCUGGUGAGCGACUGCCUCUUUGUCAUCUGCGCGCUGUCUCUUGCUGCCUGCCUCUGCCUUGUCGCCCGGCGGGGGCCCUCCACCAGCAUCUACCUGGAGGCCAAGGGGACCCGUGUGUGCCAGGCGGCUGCAAUGGGUGGCGCCAUGGUCCUGCUCUAUGCCAGCCGGGCCUGCUACAACCUGGCAGCCCUGGCCUACCCCCGGCGCCGGCUGGAUGCCUUCGAUUACGACUGGAACAAUGUCUCUGACCAGGCGGACCUGGUGAACGACCUGGGGAACAAAGGCUACCUGGUGUUUGGCCUCAUCCUCUGUGUGUGGGAGUUGCUGCCCACCCCCCUGCUGGUGGGCUUCUUCCGGGUGCACCGGCCCCCGCAGGACCUGGUCUUUGGCUCCCGUUCUGACUUCUUCGACCGGGCAGGGCACUGUGAGGAUGAGGGCUGUUCCUGGGAGCGUGGCCAGAGCGAGAGCACCAGCAUGUCAGGCAGCCUAGGCUCCGGCAGCUGGUACGGCGCCAUCGGGCGGGAGCCAGCCUGGUGCGGGGGCAGCCAGACAUGGACCACUCAUCUGCUCUUCUCCCAGGUGCUGGGACCAGGUGGCCACCACCACAGUCUCUACUCCACCCCGCAGAUGUGAUCCCCUCUUGUCCUCCCCCCAGAACACCCAGACCCCAGUCCUCCCAUCCCAGGCCCCGCCAC